AUGAAGGCUAGAGAAUGUCUGCCGCUUCUGUUUUUACUUCUUACAGCAGUCCAGGCUGAUAGUUAUGCGAAGAUAAAACAGAUCAUCGCCAAAUAUGGAAGCCCUUAUUUUACCGACUCUUUUUUGACAGCCGUAAGUAAAGGAAUAAGUAAUCAUUGUGGGAUCUUUUCACAAAAUUUUAAUAACUUCGCAAAUGGUCCAUUCCUACCUCCUUUUAGGGAUGUGACAGCGUUUACAACUCCGUCAUAUCGAAGGCCAAUUUGAGCGACGCGACUGAUGGUAUGGACUGCAAACUUUUAUAGUCCACAACGUAAUUUUAGACCUAGAAUCGGCCCUGAUGGGCAAAGUGAUGAGUCAAACCAAAUUUAUUGGCCCAGCAAUGGCCUUUCUGGGUCAUGUUCCUAAUGCCACAGAUUAUAUUGACGUGUUCGUUGGUAUCUUUAGUCCAAAGCUGACCAAGAUUUACAACAACAUCAAGAAAAAGAACCCAAAAAAUAAGAAGGUGUUUUCAAACCUGGUGGCAAAGGUAGGAGAGGUCUAUUGUCGAUAAUGGAGAUACUUUAGGCGGCAACCAAGAAGUUCUUUACUACGAGCGUCAAACAGAUCGAGGCGCAGGUUGGCCCCACAGUUUGGAAACACGCCGUACAUGACUUGUAUAGCGUCGUGAACUUUAAUUUCUAUGGUAUCAAGAAAAUAAAUUAA